GGCACGACGACAUAGCUGCACCAUCAUCGACCACCAUUCCUAGGCGCCUCAUUCUCCAUAUCCAAGAGCUUGCAGAUCCCCGACUUGUGCAGCUUGCCCGCGCCGCUUUUUCAACACCUUCUUGCUCAACUCGCUUUACUCUCCAUUGUCGCUUCAUCCAUACCUUCGUUCAUGUCUUUUGCCCGUGGACGACGACGUUUCUGGGGCUAGGGUCAGCUGUCCCGCCCUGUUGAACAAGAGGCCGGUCCCAGAAAUCGCACUUCCAUUUCGCACCCCGGCACCCUUCUGCUACAGAAACCUCAUAGCUGUCUGGAUAGAGCUCGGUACUGCUGCUAUUGAUAAUGGCUUCCAUGGAACCUUCCGAAGACGAGGUGUCGCAAGUCGUUGACUUUGCGGGCCUCCACCCCGUCGAUGAUCGAACCAUGAUCAUGAAUGCACUAAGGAAUAAUAAUCGCAAUGUUGAAACGGUUGUUAUGCAGUACUUCGACAACUCGGAGUCGUUCCGCCAGAAAUAUGCGUUGGCCUGGAAUGAAUCAAUGUUUUCAGCAGAUAGAGACGGCACAACUGGUAACAACACAGGCAUCUCAUUUCACAUUGAAUCACUAGAAGGCAAUGAUAUUAUACAGGGAGUUACGCCCCCCCCUCCUAGCUACCCUAUUGGAGCUCCAUCAAGACCCCCAUCACGAUCGAAUAACAGAUCUCCACUUGGUAAUAUGAUUGACUGGACUGCGGGAGACGCAGCUGGAGGGCCUACUAUGCACUCACAAGAAGAAGACGAUAUGCAACGAGCCUUACGAGAGUCGGCAGAAGAAGCAGGGUUUUCUCUGCCUCCACAGGAGUCUGGGGUUAUGGACCUCUCCACUGCAACGCCGUACUUUGGCCCUGCGAACCGGUCCGACUAUGAUCAGAGCAACUGGGCCAUGGUACCUGUUGCGCCGCUAAAGGCGAAGCUAUCAAGUGCCCCUACGCCGUCCCAAAGAAAGCGAGAUCCCGAAGCUCCUGCAUUCAUUGUUCAAGGAUCCAGCUCGGUCGGCAACCACAGCUUGGGCGGCUUACUCACCAUUCUUCACGAAAUCCCGUUGGCGAGAAAUACUCUUCUACAGUGCGGCGCUCCUGCAGCCUCUUACGGGUUUAAUAGCCAGUGGUGGAAUGGGCAGGAAAUUCUGCCUCCAAAUGUUUUACGCCAAAUGCACUCCGAGGGCUCGGCAUGGGGUGACGACAACUACGAGACCCCGAGGCCAAAUUUUGAAGAGGAAAUACAUCGGCUCAUGGCCUUCCUCGAUUCGACGGAGAGAAGUUACGGAACGGUUAAUACCCUCACUGAGUUGCUUUCUGGCGCCAGUAAUGGGGUAGAAAAGCUAUUCUACGAACGUUUGGGUCAAGUGAACGACGAGAUUCUUGGGCCAUUAUAUCAAGAGGCAUCCCUCGUUAAUGUUGGUGGUGACGACGUGGGCGAAAACAGUUAUGAGAAUGCGAGGUUUGGAUUGCUGGUAAUCGAUCAUAGACGGCCUGAUUACGCUCACAUCAAAACACUCUACGAGGCCCUUGAUCAUUUGAUGUGGGGUGACGUGCUGUCCUGGGCGGAUCCUAGUGAGACGUCCAAGAUGGCCAUGUUCCAAACCAUGGGCGAGGUGCUUGUUAUAAAGAUCGGCAGCGAAGGCCCCCCCGAAUCGUUUGAAAUCCCAGAGGUCUUUUAUCCCGAGCGAUAUCUGGCUAGCCGUAAGGAGGAAGCCAGAAGAAUAAUGUCCGCUUGGUGUAAGACCAAAAAUGACAUCGACAGAGUGACAACGGAAGAGCGACGGCUACAAGAAUGGCACAAUGAUUGGAACCAGCUGUCUCUUGAUAAGAGUGAAAUGAUCUCCAAAGCCAAGGAGCAGUGGCAGGCAUUCUCAAAGUAUCUAGAGACUGCUGGACAAUUUCAGGGAAUGGAGGCUUCGGCGUUCGAUAUCAACAAGUAUCCUGAUUAUCGGACGGCUCCUUGUCAAAUGAACGACGAGCAGGUUAAGCAUUCGCAGCAGGUAAAUGAGGUGUUGCUUCUGACAGAGCGAAUAUUAUCCGACAUUGAGACAAGGACCGAAGAUCUCCGUGCUCAGCUGGAGCAAAUUCAAGCCAAGCAGCGCUUUCUUGGUAAACUUCUGACAAAGGCAGAUAAGCCAGGCCGGCCAAAGCCAAUGACGUGCAAGAAGUAUCUUCUUCGGGGUAUAGCAACUGACAGGGAUAUUGUCUACGUCUGCCAGCGAGUUCACUCAGAGUCGGCGGAGUCAGAGAGCCCAGACACGCCAAUUGAUCAGUGGUGGCGAUUGGAACUUUGUACUGAUGAUGACCACCAACCAGUUAAAUCAGAGAAAAUUGAUAUUGAGCGAGUUUUGAGAAACGUAUGGUACGAAACAAAGACGCCGCUGCUUCUAUAUGCCACCGAGGAAGCAGUUUCGACACCAAGGACGCCACUAUCAGAUUCCUUGAACAUGUUUUCCAAGUCGGAUAAUAAGGCAUUUCGACAAGAACUUAGACAGCCUACCGCUGACAGUGGAGAAGAAAGGAUGCGUGUAUCUGUGGAUCCUAUCUCACCUUCCAAGAGGAAACAUAGAGACAGUAUGGAUUCGAUGAAUAGCAACCGGGCGUCUAUCGGCAGCGAGGAUAGAGAUCCAUUUGCGAGUGUAUUUGACGGACAGUUAGAAGAAGCGCAGACGGAACUGAUAGAUAUGUCUGGAAGCAAGCCAGACCACGCCAGGGCCUCCGACUUUGAAAGUAAAUUUGGAGAUUACGGAAUCUCUGCACGGAUGAACGUCGAGUCUGCAACUUUGACCCCAGAUACGCUGGCGGCCGACGAAGGUGCGUCACAACGGCCAACACCUCCGUCUCUGGAAGCUAGCCAGCCAAACGACGUGACGAAUAUGACGGAUACAAGCAUGACCAAGGGUCCGGAGAUGCAAGAACGAGCUCGACCAAUGACAUUUGUACGACCUUCGCAAGCGAGCGAGGGAGGUGGAGACUUGAGUAUGGACAUGGAAAUACCGGAUGUACAGGAAUAGACGUUCUACUACGGUAGUAUAAGACUAUGGGAGUAUGAUAUUUGGUGCACAAGCUUAUUGUCAGGGAUGAAAAAGAAAGGGAAGAGAGGAGAAGAAUUGAGGACAAAGGCGGUUUGAUACUGAGGAAGAGAAAAGGAUGUUUGGUGGUCCUUUGUAUAUGGGGUAAACUGGGUCGGCCAACAGUCUACACAUCUUAUUGGUUGAUACUAUAGCAUAUUUAAGCGAGCUUUGCUGAGACCUUGAAUGAAAUUGUCUUUACUGUUCAAGGUGACGGAGUUGGCUAAUGUCAAAAAAGGUGAGAGAGUGCUCAGAAUACUGGUGUUGCAGGGUGUAGAGAUUCUGGUUAUUGUCAAUGCUGGC